AUAUUUUUUAAAACAAUAAUAAUUGGUCCCUCCAUAUACCUGUUGUGUCUGCAUAGCCUUUCGUUUUACCUUUAUCCGAUAAGGAAACUGUUCUGAUCAGAGCUGCUAGGUUCCAUUCCAUGGCCGCCGUGCGUAAAUCCAUCACCGUCCUGGAAACCUGUCUCGUCUCACCGCCGGCACACGGCCCCACGGCGGCGGAGCAAAUUCUGCACCUCACAUAUUUGGACCUGCCAUGGCUGCACUUCCACCCCACCCAGCGUCUCCUAUUCUACCAAUUCCCAUCUUCCACAGCACAUUUCCAGGAAAACAUCGUUCCAGGUUUCACAAAAUCUCUCGCCCUGGCGCUCAAACAUUUCUAUCCUCUCGCCGGGAAUUUGAUCUAUCCAGAAAACUCAGACCGGAUUCCUUAUAUCCGGUAUGCUCCCGGCGACUCGGUUCCGGUCACCGUCGCGGAGUAUAAUGGUCAGAGUUCGGAUUUCGAUUACCUGACGGAGAAUUAUCCCCGAGAUGCCGAUGAAUUCCACGCUUUCUUCACUGAUUUGUCGCCUCCGAGGACUGAACCUGAAUCUGGAUUCCUGGCAUGUCCUCUGUUCACUGCGCAAAUCACUCUGUUUCGUGAUGCUGGAAUUUGCCUCGGAUUUAAUAAUAGUCACACUGCCGGCGAUGCUAGCUCGAUCGUCGGAUUUUUGAAGGCGUGGAGCUUGAUUGCUAGGGUUGGGAACGAUGGCGUGUUCUUCUCGGAGGAUCGUCAUCCGCUUCUCCCUGUGUAUGAUAGAUCUCUGGUUAGUGAUCCUUCUGGCCGUCUGUUGAACAUUUUAUGGAAUCAAAUGAAGGAUUUCAGGAUCGAAGUCCUGCCGGAGAAUUUUCCGACGAACAGAGUGCGAGCUACGUUUAUUUUGAGAAGAGAGGAUAUUCAGAAGCUCAGAAGUAUGGUUCAAUCGAACAAACCUAAUUUGAUCCACCUCUCAUCUUUCACAAUCACCACCGCGUACGUCUGGAGUUGCUUUGCCAAAUCCGCCGCGGAGGCAGGGGAGGCGGUCGGAGACGACGAAGUGGAGUACUUCGGCUUCGCCGUCGACGCGCGGCUAAGGACGAAACCGCCUAUUCCGGCGGCCUAUUUCGGCAACUGCGUCGGCCUCGUCGUGACAGAAUCGACGCACUCGGAGUUGAAAGGAGAGCAAGGGUUUCUGAUCGCGGUGGAGCUGAUCGGAGAGUUAAUCCAGAAGAAGGUGAACAAGGAGGAUGAGUUGUUGAAGGACGCGGAGGAGUGGUUAGCGAGAUUCGGCGGGAUCAUCGGAAAACGCGCGCUUGGGGUCGCCGGCUCGCCGAGAUUCGACCUCUACGACGCCGACUUUGGGUGGGGAAAACCGAAGAAGUAUGAAGCGGUGGCCAUCGACGGCGAGAGAUCGAUGUCACUCUGCAAAUCCAGAGAAUUCGACGGCGGCUUGGAGAUCGGCUUAUCAAUGUCCAAGACGAAUAUGGAGGCUUUCGCCGCCGUAUUCCCUUCCCUAUUGAAUUAAUUAUUAUUAUUUAAUAUAAUAUAAAAAAAAUAGUAGUAAAUAGUACUUAUAUAUAUAUGUAUCAUUGUUUUCCGGCAUUGCAGCGCCGCCGGGGAUGCGGCGGAGCAGAUUCUUCCAUGGCAGUUCUUCAAUCCAAAUCCACCUGAAACGUCCUGGAAAUUAACCAGUGUAUAGAAUUUCAGGGAAUCUCUUUUCGGCCGGCGUUACCUUCAUCGUGCCGGGAAACUUAUUCAGGCAUGCCUGAAUUGCCGUCCCGGAGACCAUGGGUUAAUUUUUCGCCGCCGUGGGACGUCUGGAAGAUGCAUUCUUUGCCGGAGAAAAAAAUUGACUCGUUUGCGGAGGUCUUCUACGCCGGAAAAUGAGUGCAGAUAAGAAAAUGCAUCCCCGCCGAUAGGAUUUGCUGCUUUUUUCUAUUUAUGGGUGAUUUUCUUGUACGUGUGUGUAUUUUUUUUUUAAAAAUAAUAGAUAUUUAAAUAUUUAAAAA